UCUUGUAAUGGAAAUUGUUCAUAUUUUAUGUGUAUUUGGUGUGAUUGCAUUAUCAAGUGCUUUCAAACUAACAAGUACUGAUGGUUGCCCAAAUAGCGACGGAAUCUUUGGAUUUUGUGUAUUUGACCCAUCUAGGAACUGUGUUAGACAAGAACAGUGUCCAUUCGGAUAUAAAUGUUGUCCGUAUGGAUGUAGUUCACAGUGCUUAGCUGUUACUGUUAAAUUCCAGCACCUUGGUUCUUGCCCAUCCGAUUCAACAGGCUCAUUAACCGCUAAAUCAUGUGGACACGAUCAAGCAUGUAAGACCAACGAGAAAUGUUGCGGUGGCCAUUGUGUUGCCGUUCGGAAGUUUUCUGUGAACGUUCUGGAUCCAAUCCAGAUUCAAAAAUAAACAUCGGUAUCACGUGACUGUCAUAUCAAAUUUCUUUAAAAUUAAUUGUGCAAAUAUAAAGAUAUUAUCACGAAUAAAUGUAGCUAAAUGUAAAAGAAUUGUGAAAAAUCUGACCAAUAACUACAUGUAUGUCUGUAUUUUUUUCUCAAUUCCUUUUAAAGUAUAAUGAAUGCAUUAAGCUAAAAAAUAUAUAUACCUUACCUUUAUUGUAGUAACGGGAGGGACAUGCUAAAAUAGGGCUAAUAUUAUAUUGGAUAUAUAGUAGAAUUUGCACUGAAAUGAACUAAAAGUGAAUUUAAAAAAACCGUUCAAUAACUAUUUUUUUUUUUCACAUAUGACAUGUAUCAAACAUCACUCUUUCGAUUCCAAGUCAGAAAACCGGGUGUUGCGGUGGAAAAUUUUGAUAGGGGGGCUCUCAAAACCCACAUUUUACCAUUUUUUUUAUGAAAAUAAAAAUGUUAAAUCAAAAUAUCCAAAAUUAAUUUUAAAAAAUGUAAUUAGUUGGCGCUUUGUAAUCCCAGAAAAACAAAAUUGUAAUUAUUAAUAGAAAAAAACAUGCUUAAAAGGUAAAACUUCA